CACCCAACCGUGAGUGUGAAACUCACUCUUCUUUAGUAUCUUUAAAAAAAAGACAAAAAAAAGAGAUAAAAACUACAAAAUCCAGAAAACAUCAAUAAAAAAAACAAUAAGCACCUCGCGGAAAAAAAAGGAAAACAACUUUUUUUUUUCCCCAAAAAACUUUUUUUCUUUUUUUCCAAAGGAAAAAGAAAGCAAAGCAAAAGCAGGCCUCGGUAUUCGGCGACGAUUUUUGAUUUUUAAUAUUUUGAACGAAAAAAAAAAGAAGAAGAAGCACCCAGCCCUCUUGGCUGAAAGGCUGAAUCUUUCUCCGCGUGGCGUUUUUCUCGUUCGCUCGUGCUCAUUUAUCGGGUUUCUCCGGAGGGAAACUUUUCCACCAGCGCCCCUCGCCGUGCACAGCUAAAGAGGGGAGCCGAGCUAAAGCUCCACCGGCGCACUCUCCCCCCGCCUCUCUCUCUCUCUCCCUCUCUCUCUCCCUCACUCGCUCGUUCGCACAGCCGGGUCCUCUCGCUCCUCCGCCGCUCCGCUUUCCCACCGGACACCGAGGACUAGGAGCCAUGAACGCGGCCACUGCGGGGAGCUACCCCAUGGCUUCGCUGUAUGUGGGCGACCUGCACCCGGACAUCACGGAGGCCAUGCUGUACGAGAAGUUCAGCCCGGCCGGCCCCGUGCUCUCCAUCCGCGUGUGCAGGGACAUGAUCACGCGCCGCUCGCUCGGCUAUGCCUACGUCAACUUCCAGCAGCCGCCGGACGCGGAGAGAGCUCUGGACACCAUGAACUUCGAUGUGGUGAAGGGAAAGCCAAUCAGGAUCAUGUGGUCACAGAGAGACCCCUCACUCCGGAAGUCAGGAGUCGGAAACGUCUUCAUCAAGAACCUGGACAAGUCCAUCGACAACAAGGCCCUGUACGACACCUUCUCAGCCUUCGGAAACAUCCUGUCCUGCAAGGUGGUGUGUGAUGAGAACGGAUCGAAAGGCUAUGCAUUCGUCCACUUCGAGACACAGGACGCUGCUGACCGCGCCAUUGAGAAGAUGAAUGGCAUGCUUCUGAACGACCGCAAGGUGUUUGUGGGGAGGUUCAAGUCCAGGAAGGAGAGGGAGGCAGAGCUGGGUGCCAAAGCCAAAGAAUUCACCAACGUCUACAUCAAGAACUUUGGGGAGGAUAUGGACGACGACAGGCUGAAAGAUAUCUUCGAUAAAUAUGGGAAAACUCUGAGCGUGAAGGUGAUGACGGAUCCCACAGGAAAAUCACGAGGCUUCGGCUUUGUCAGCUACGAGAAACACGAGGAUGCUAACAAGGCAGUGGAGGAGAUGAACGGCACUGAGCUGAACGGUAAAACGGUGUUCGUUGGUCGCGCUCAGAAGAAGAUGGAGAGACAAGCUGAGCUGAAGAGGAAGUUUGAGCAACUGAAGCAGGAGAGAAUCAGCAGAUAUCAGGGUGUGAAUUUGUACAUUAAGAAUCUGGAUGACACCAUUGACGACGAGAAACUGCGUAAAGAGUUCUCUCCAUUUGGCUCCAUCACCAGCGCUAAGGUGAUGCUCGAGGAAGGCCGCUCCAAGGGUUUCGGCUUCGUAUGCUUCUCCUCUCCGGAGGAGGCCACCAAGGCCGUGACAGAGAUGAAUGGGCGCAUUGUGGGCUCCAAGCCCCUCUACGUGGCCCUGGCCCAGCGCAAAGAGGAGCGUAAAGCCCACCUCACCAACCAGUACAUGCAGCGCAUCGCCGGCAUGAGAGCCAUGCCCGCCAACGCCAUCAUCAACCAGUUCCAGCCCACUAGCGGCUACUUCAUGCCCGCUGUGCCACAGGCCCAGAACAGAACAACGUAUUACGCCCCCAACCAGUUGGCCCAAAUGAGACCGAACCCACGCUGGCAGCAGCAGGGUGGUAGAGGUCAGGGAGGUUUCCAGGGCAUGCCCAACUCACUGCGUCAGCCUGGCCCACGCGCCAACAUCCGCCACCUCGGACCCAGCGGUACGGCGCAAGGACCCCGCGGAAUACCAACAGGUGCCCAGAGAGUGGCUGGUACCGGCCAGCCAAUGGGCCCCCGUCCCACCCUGGGCGUGACCACGCCCCGCGCCAUGCCUCCAUACAAAUACGCCACCACAGUGAGAAACACCCAGCCUCAGGUGGUGCAGCCCAUUGCCUUACAACAGGCUCAGCCUGCAGUCCAUGUGCAGGGUCAGGAGCCACUGACCGCCUCCAUGCUGGCUGCGGCCCCUCCACAAGAGCAGAAGCAGAUGCUGGGUGAGCGUCUAUUCCCGUUGAUCCAGGCCAUGCACCCCAGCCUGGCGGGAAAGAUCACAGGAAUGUUGCUGGAGAUUGACAACUCAGAGCUGCUGCACAUGCUGGAAUCCCACGAAUCUUUACGCUCCAAGGUGGAGGAGGCUGUGGCCGUGCUUCAGGCUCACCAGGCUAAGAAAGACGCCACGCAGAAAGUCGGCGUGAGCACUCCCACUGCUGCUACGUCCUGACAAGUAAAGCCCACUGUCAACGUGGCUGCGGCGAAGGCUUGAGAAGAAAACAUUACACUGGCUGGUGUAUUUUACAAGCCGAUAUAUAUAUUAAAAAAAAACAAAACAAAAAAAAAAAGUAAAAAUGAAAGAAAAUCAUACUUGAACAUUUAAACUAAUUUGUUGCAGGGCUUCUAUUUUUAACUCUGUAAUAAUUUUUAAAUAAAUAUGGAUAGCCUAUUUAAAAUUUAUUUAAAAAGAGGUUAAUUUCUUUUAAGGGGAAAACGCUCCAGAAUGUGGCCAGGACUGACCGACCGACCCUUUUUUCUAGUCCAUCAGGCUUGGAUCAUUUUCUUCAUUUGAGAGUUGUGUGUUUGCUGGUUUGAUUGGUCCUCUUCCAUCUUCUAAACCCUGAGUGGUGUGGCCUUCUGAAUAAAGGGAUGAAUAUUUCAA